UUCCUACUAACUACGCACAAACGACACCAGUUAAAGCAAAAGGUUUCGCCAGGUCAAUUUUUAUGCCUUUUUGUAGUAAAACAAGGUGUCAGUGAUGCAUGGUACUCAUCUGUUAUAGUCGGUGGAAUUGCGCUUACAGGCUUCAUUUUCUAUAUCAUCAUUCGCGAGUUAUUUUCCUCCAAAAGUCCAACACGUGUGUAUGAGGAUGCCCUAAAAAUCUGUAUUAGUGAUUCACGCGUUCAGGAAAUGCUCGGGCCACCCAUAACUGGUCGUGGGGAGCCAAAUCGUCGUGGUAGAAGAACUCAUGUUGCAUCUACUGAAUGGAUAGACAAUAAAGGCAAGCGGCAUAUGGCGAUGCGGUUCUUCUUAAAGGGUGUCUACAACUCCGGAACCGUACAUCUUGAAAUUUAUGAGAAUGAUACAAAUGACCUUGAGUACAGGUACUUGAUCGUUGAGGUGGACGGCUUGGCUAGACGGCAAGUGAUCCUCCGUCCAGAGGAGUCCCGAUCCGCGCCUCUUCCCUCCGGGCCCCCUCUGCCGCCGCUUCCCCCCAACCUUGACUCUUUUGAGGAGGCACGAAAAUGA